AUGUGCCCCGGUAACUGGCUCUGGGCCUCGGUGACAUUUAUGGCCCGCUUCUCCCGGAGUGGCUCGAGGUCUCCUGUUCGCACGAGAGGGGCCCUGGAAGAGAUACCAGCUGUCCAGCAUCCCUUCCUCAACGUCUUUGAGUUGGAGAGGCUUCUCUACACGGGCAAGACAGCCUGUAACCACGCCGACGAGGUCUGGCCAGGCCUCUACCUCGGAGACCAGGAAAUAGCCAACAACCACCGGGAGCUCCGUCGCCUGGGCAUCAGCCACGUCCUCAACGCCUCUCACAGCAGGUGGCGAGGGACACCCGAGGCCUACGUGGGGCUGGGCAUCCGCUACCUGGGUGUCGAGGCCCACGACUCGCCAGCCUUCGAUAUGAGCGUCCACUUCCAGGCGGCCGCCGACUUCAUCCACCGGGCACUGAGCCAGCCGGGAGGGAGGAUCCUGGUGCACUGUGCCGUGGGCGUGAGCCGCUCGGCCACUCUGGUGCUGGCCUACCUCAUGCUGUACCACAGCCUCACCCUCGUGGAGGCCAUCAAAAAAGUCAAAGACCACCGAGGCAUCAUCCCCAAUAGGGGCUUCUUGAGGCAGCUCCUGGCCCUGGACCGCAGGCUGCGGAAGCGUCUGGAGGCGUGA